CUCUGCCAAUGGAAGGGCGCGAGGCGGUGUACCCGGGCAGAGCGCGGACCGCAGCGCGCGGGGCUCCGGGGGCAUCCGCCGCUCGGCUCCGUCUGCGGCCCUCGUCCGCCCGUCCUGCGCCCUUCCUGCGGCCGCGCUGCCCAGCCCUCGCGCGUCGGCGAGGUCGACCAGCAGCAUGGCGGUGGAGGAAGAGGGGCUGCGGGUCUUCCAGAGCGUGAGGAUCAAGAUCGGUGAAGCCAAGAACCUUCCUUCCUACCCGGGGCCAAACAAGAUGCGGGACUGCUACUGCACAGUGAACCUGGACCAGGAGGAGGUUUUCCGGACCAAGAUUGUCGAGAAGUCGCUCUGCCCCUUUUAUGGAGAGGACUUUUACUGUGAAAUCCCUCGGAGUUUUCGUCACCUGUCCUUUUACAUUUUUGAUAGAGAUGUUUUCCGAAGGGAUUCCAUCAUAGGCAAGGUGGCCAUCCAGAAGGAGGACUUGCAGAGGUACCACAACAGGGACACGUGGUUCCAGCUCCAGCACGUGGAUGCGGACUCAGAGGUGCAGGGCAAGGUCCACCUGGAGCUGAGACUGAGUGAGGUCAUUACAGACACCGGCGUUGUCUGCCACAAACUUGCCGCGCGCAUCUUCGAGUGCCAGGGCCUCCCCAUUGUGAAUGGGCAGUGCGACCCUUACGCCACAGUGACGUUGGCUGGACCCUUCAGGUCUGAAGCAAAGAAAACAAAGGUGAAGAAGAAAACCAACAAUCCCCAAUUUGAUGAGGUGUUUUACUUUGAGGUCACCAGACCCUGCAGCUACAGCAAGAAGUCCCACUUCGACUUUGAGGAGGAAGACGUAGACAAACUCGAAAUUCGAGUUGACCUCUGGAACGCCAGCAACCUGAAGUUUGGGGACGAGUUUCUUGGGGAGCUGAGGAUCCCUCUCAGGGUGCUUCGACACUCUAGCUCAUACGAAGCUUGGUACUUCCUCCAGCCCCGAGACAAUGGUGGUAAGAGCCUGAAGCCAGACGACUUGGGGUCACUGAGGCUGAACGUAGUUUAUACAGAAGACCACGUCUUCUCCUCUGAGUACUACAGCCCACUGCGUGACCUGCUGUUGAAGUCUGCGGAUGUGGAGCCUGUCUCCGCCUCAGCAGCUCACAUCCUGGGUGAGGUAUGCAGAGAUAAGCAAGAGGCAGCCAUUCCCCUGGUACGGCUCCUGCUGCACUAUGGCAGGGUAGUGCCAUUCAUCAGUGCCAUCGCCAGUGCAGAGGUGAAGAGGACCCAGGACCCCAACACCAUCUUCCGAGGAAACUCACUGACAUCUAAGUGCAUAGAUGAGACGAUGAAGCUGGCAGGCAUGCACUACCUCCAUGUGACCCUGAAGCCCACCAUUGAGGAGAUCUGCCAGAGCCACAAGUCCUGUGAAAUCGACCCCGUGAAGCUGAAGGAUGGUGAAAACCUUGAGAACAACAUGGAGAGCCUGAGGCAGUAUGUGGAUCGCAUCUUCACGGUCAUCACUAAGUCUGGAGUGAGCUGUCCCACCGUCAUGUGUGACAUCUUCUUUUCCCUGCGGGAGGCGGCUGCCAAGCGCUUCCAAGAUGACCUGGAUGUGAGGUACACUGCCGUGAGCAGCUUCAUCUUCCUGCGGUUCUUUGCUCCUGCCAUCCUGUCCCCGAACCUUUUCCAGCUGACACCCCACCACACGGACCCACAGACUUCCAGAACCCUGACACUUAUCUCAAAAACGAUCCAGACUCUUGGCAGCUUGUCCAAGUCCAAGUCAGCCAGUUUUAAGGAGUCGUACAUGGCGACGUUCUAUGAAUUCUUCAAUGAGCAGAAGUACGCAGAUGCUGUGAAAAAUUUCCUGGACUUGAUCUCAUCCUCCGGGAGAAGGGACCCUAAGAGCAUAGAGCAGCCCAUCCUGCUUAAAGAAGGCUUCAUGAUUAAGCGGGCCCAAGGAAGGAAACGAUUUGGAAUGAAGAAUUUUAAAAAGAGGUGGUUUCGCCUGACGAACCACGAGUUCACCUACCAGAAAAGCAAAGGUGACCAGCCCCUCUGCAACAUCCCGAUCGAGAACAUCUUGGCUGUGGAGAGGCUAGAGGAGGAGUCCUUCCGAAUGAAAAAUAUGUUCCAGGUCAUCCAGCCGGAGCGUGCACUGUACAUCCAGGCCAACAACUGUGUGGAGGCCAAGGACUGGAUUGACAUCCUCACCAAAGUGAGUCAGUGCAACCAGAAGCGCCUCACCGUGUACCACCCGUCUGCCUACCUGAAUGGCCACUGGCUCUGCUGCAGGGCCUCCUCAGACUCAGCGGCCGGCUGUACUCCCUGCACCGGUGGGCUCCCAGCAAACAUCCAGCUGGACAUUGAUGGGGACCGUGAGACAGAGCGCAUCUACUCUCUCUUUAACCUGUACAUGGGCAAGCUGGAAAAGAUGCAGGAGGCCUGUGGCAGCAAGUCUGUGUACGACGGCCCCGAGCAGGAGGAAUACUCGACUUUCAUCAUCGACGACCCCCAGGAGACCUACAAGACGCUGAAGCAGGUCAUCGCUGGGGUGGGGACCCUUGAACAGGAGCACGCACAGUACAGGAGGGACAAGUUCAAGAAGACGAGAUACGGGAGCCAGGAGCACCCCAUCGGAGACAAGAGCUGCUUCCAGAACUACAUCAGGCAGCAGUCUGAGAUCUCUACCCAUUCCAUUUAAGGCCGAGAACCUCCCAGAACAGUGCCACUGAGCCACCCCGGGAAACCAACCGCCUUCAACAGCAGAUAAAGGGACACAGAAGAUGUACACGGAGGGGAACCACGUUCGCCGGCUCCCGUGGGUCCUGCCGCACUGGUGGGGCCGCUGCGAGCCAAGCAAGCUCUUCCCCGGCAGGAACGGUUGCCUGGGCUGCGCACUCCCCUUGGCCGCCAGCACAGGUGGUCUGAGCCAUUCUGGAAUGUAUGAUCAUUUGUCUUUUUGCUACUUUGGUUUUACGGGGAUCCAGGGAUCUGUUAAAUAUUAGGCAAGUGUGGGCUUUGCUGAAACCUGUUUCCGCGUAGCGCAACCCCCCUUCAGAGAGGCCCAGCUAGUUCACCCUCGGCAAUGUGCACCUUCUGCAGGGGGCCCUGUCUCUAGUUCUUUGCCUGCUGAUCUCUGUGGCUCUACUCAUGUAGCGGUCUGGUCCUAGCCCUAGACAUUCUACUUAAUCCUGUCAUUCUACUUGGUCCCUGACUGGGACGUUAGAAGCAGUAUUUUCUUGGCAGCCAGCAGGCAGGCAGCCUUUCUCCUCAGCUUUGUUGGUUUGUUCCCGGCUAAAGGGUUGUUUUGUGGCUGGGAUAGACAGGAUGGUGCUGGAAGCCUUUGACUUUGGGGACAUGGGGUCCCUUUUUCAGCGUCCCUGGAGAGGGAGGGCUGUGAGCCCAGCCUUCUCUGGGUGACCAUCACCCCUCAGUUUGAACACAGGUCUGGAUUCCAGGUGAGGUUUUAAACUAGAGUCCACAUGAAAGUUUGGGAAAGAUUUUUAAAAUGUGCAUUUUUCAAGCUGUUUUUCUUAAUGUUCUUAAAGGGUUGUUUUUAAAAAGCAUUUUGAUAUAAGACAGUUUGGAACAUUAACACCUAUAUGCAUUAAAGGGGAUGGCACAGGGAAAUCCAAAGGGAACAGUAUUUGAUUCCUCACGAAGCCAAAGGGUCCCCAGGGCUGGAGCCCUGGGCUGGAGGCUGCACCAUCAGCAGUAAAGGCCAAACGUGGUCAUUUCGAACGCCCAUGUUCCUGAGCCCAGCAGGCUGCGCGUGGCAGUGUUGGGAGCCAUUUUGAUUGGGCUGGGAGAGUGCUGAAACAGACAAGACAGACUGCCUCAGCUGUGCCCCACAGUGCUGCUGGGGCCCCGUCCCAAACCGCAUCUCCACGAGAGGCGCUCUGUGGACAGAUGCUGCUUCAGGACAGAACCGUCCAUCCCGGUACCAGCUUCUCCUCGUUCUUGUUGGGAAGUUUACUCUGCGUCUAGAAAAAACAUGAUAGUAGUAUUGGUUGUCACAGAAGUGGAGGAUAAAAAACAAACGAACAAACAAAAAUUUGGACACAGCAGUCAGGCUGCACUGAACUUAUUUUUAACAUGGGUUUGUAACUUAAUGUCUCUGUUUAUAAGAUACUAACGAUUUGCAAUGUAUUUUACUGGUCAAUUAAAACAGAUGUUUUAUUCUU